AAACACAAACCGCAGAUGCCGCCACUGUCUCCGAUCAAUUUUCCGCAAAAAUGACCCUUUUUUAGCCCCAUGGGCACCGAAAUCGACGUUUUUAUCAGUAACUACACCCUCGUGGACCCCGAAAUUUACCAAUUGUGGGUGGAGGGCCACACAGCAAGCGAAGCUGUCUCGAUUCUCAAUCAAAGGGGCCUUGGACAGGUCACUGGAGCCUCUCUCGAGUUGAUCGCCAGCGAUGUUUUAGACCACUACCGUACUUACUCUCUUCUGGAAAAACUACUCAGUAACCCCAAUAAAUUACAGGAGCAAUUGGCGUUCCAGAUUGAACCCCAGACGAGGCAAUUACUGAUUGAGAAAUACUACGAUUUUGAUGACGUGGUCGUCCGGGAAUUAAUAGGGAAAAAAUUGUCAAGUAAACACAGGAAGGAUUUAGAUGAGGUGGCGGAGAAGACAAGAGUGCCCCUUAAGUCGUGCCGGCGGCAAUUCGAUAAUGUCAAACGCAUUUAUAAGAUGGUGGAAGACAUGCAGGGCCCCGUGGUGCAAAACAUCCAAAAUCACUUCUACUUGAGUGAACCUUUGGCCAAAAAAUACGCUUGUAUUGUCUUUCUUGCUUGUAUUCGCUUCGAGACUAAACGGAAACUCAACCACAUUACAUUCUCAUGUUGGAAACGCUGCACAGAGGCAAUCAUGGACAACUGGACGAAUAAAUUAGCCGGGGUUGAUAAUUUCGAUACAGAACUUGAUAAAGACUUCUUCACCGAAUUAAAAGACAUCAAAAUUAUGCUUGAAAAAGAACGAGAACAUAAACAGUUGGUAUGCCUGACACUCAAGGCAACACUGUUACACAAGUGUUAUACCGAUUUGGACUCAAAUUUUAAAAACUACAGUCGGGCUCUUUUGCAACCCGCCAGUAACAUGCAUAGGCCCCGAGACGUCAAAAAUAUGUUCCUAGAAUUAAAUUCACUUUCGGAUUCUUUAAAACAAGCGAAUUGGAGUGGACAAGAAUUGGAAAUUUUCCUCAACGGUUAUACACAAUGUGGAUUCGAAAUUGAUGUUAUAAGGGACUCGAACUCCAUGAAGACACUUUGGGAGAAAUACAUGACAGUCAUUUCUGAAUGUCUUCUUGCCAUGUACUAAUUUAUUUACAUAUUUACAAAUAUAAUUAAGACUUGA